CCAGGCUAUGGCAAAACUGCUGGUGCUCACCCUCGCGGGGCUGGCAGUCGCUCUCUUCAAAGGCCACCAGUCUUCUUACCAAACAAGAUUUGCUGCUUCUCGUGAAGUAACUCCAGUGGAACCUCCUAACUGUAAUUUCAUUAAAGGAGUCGAAAAUGGUGCUGAAGAUUUAGAGAUACUGCCCAAUGGACUGGCUUUCCUCAGCACUGGAUUAAAAUAUCCUGGGAUAAAGAGUUUUGCACCUGAUAAUCCUGGCAAAAUACUUCUGAUGAACCUGAACGAAGAAGAUCCAGCAGUAUCUGAAUUGCAAAUUAGAGGAAGUAAAUUUGAUUUAUCUUCAUUUAACCCUCAUGGGAUUAGUACAUUCACUGAUGAAGAUAAUACUGUGUACCUGCUGGUGGUGAACCAUCCAAACUUCAAGACCACAGUGGAGUUGUUUAAAUUUCAAGAAGGAGAAAAAUCACUUUUGCAUCUGAAAACCAUUAGACACGAACUUCUGCCUAAUGUGAAUGAUAUUGUUGCUGUAGGACCUGAGCACUUUUAUGCAACAAAUGACCACUUCUUUACUGAUUCAUAUUUACGAUCCUGGGAGGUAUACUUGGGUUUGGCGUGGUCCUAUGUUGUUUUCUACAGUCCAGAUAAAGUUCAAGUGGUGGCAGAAGGAUUUGAUUUUGCAAAUGGAAUAAGCAUUUCACCUGAUAGCAAGUAUGUCUAUAUAGCUGAAUUCUUGGCUCAUAAGAUUCAUGUGUAUGAAAAGCACGCUAAUUGGACUUUAACUCCAUUGAAGUCCCUGGCCUUUGACACCCUCGUGGAUAACCUUUCAGUGGAUCCAGCAACAGGGGAUCUUUGGGUGGGUUGUCAUCCCAAUGGUGCGAAGAUCUUCUCCUAUGAUCCAGAGAAUCCUCCUGGCUCAGAGGUGCUUCGAAUCCAGAACAUUUUAACAGAAGAACCCAAAGUGACUGUGGUUUAUGCGGAAAAUGGCACCGUGUUGCAGGGGAGCACGGUCGCCUCUGUGUACAAAGGGAAGCUGCUGAUUGGCACUGUGUUCCAUAAAGCUCUGUACUGUGAGCUCUGACAGCCUCUUCUCAUGAUCUAAAGGGCCACAGUGAUCCCAGUUAAAUUUGAGAUCUGGCCCAUUGGGAAAUAUAAUUUAACAUAAUAAUUAGGAGGCAUGAGGGUGCCCUUGGCAGGGAGGAGAACUUGAGAA